AUGUUCAAAAACGGUGGUCGAUUAGCAUCUAUUCAUAAUGCUUUUACCAACGCACUGAUCCUAAAUCUGGCUGAUUAUGGUGGUGUUUCAACGCUUUGGAUAGGUUUGGUAUGUCCUGAUGCAAAUGCGAAAAAUUGUGUAUGGGAUGAUGGUCAAAUAGGAGCAGAUCAGUUCAAUGCAUUUUAUCCAGGCUAUCCUUGUGGAAAUUGUGAUAAUCAUUGGUUGUAUAUGCUGAACUCGAGAGCGAAUGGCGAACCUGGCAAAUGGCCCUAG